UCAGAAACUGGGUUCGUUGCCAAGCGGUGGCGUUGUGUGAGCGACUGGGCCGUCUCGAGAUCUUGUCUCGUGGGUAGACCAAAACAUAUUAUUCAUAUCAGCAGUUUUGGAUCAAAUUUACAGGUUAAUUGUCGCCAAAGAUUAACGCCACUGGUAAUUUACCGGAAUAGAUAGGAGAAUGGCAGCCGCCGAGGUGAACGGAAGUUCUGCCCCGGUAAGGGAGGAGGAAGAGCCGAUGGACAUCAGCAGCACCCACACAGAGAACUACCAGACGCUCCUCGACGCUGGGCUGCCCCAGAAAGUGGCAGAAAGCCUCGACAACAUCUUCCAGACAGGCUUGGUGGCGUAUGCGGAUCUGGAUGAGAGGGCUAUCGAUGCCCUGAGGGAAUUCAACGAGGAGGGGGCUAUGUCCGUGCUGUUGCAGUUUAAAGAGAGCGACCUGUCCCAUGUGCAGAACAAAAGUGCGUUUUUGUGCGGCGUCAUGAAAACAUACCGACAGAGAGAGAAACAAGGAAGCAAAGUACAGGAAUCGACAAAGGGACCCGACGAGUCCAAAAUAAAGGCCCUGCUGGAGAGGACGGGGUACACCCUGGACGUCACCACGGGACAGAGGAAGUACGGAGGCCCGCCGCCCGACGACGUCUUCAAAGGAACACAGCCUGGAAUUGGAACUGAGGUGUUUGUGGGGAAGAUCCCCAGGGACCUGUAUGAGGACGAGCUGGUGCCGCUGUUUGAGAAGGCCGGGCCCAUCUGGGACCUGAGGCUGAUGAUGGACCCCUUGUCGGGCCAGAACCGCGGCUACGCCUUCAUCACCUUUUGCAGCAAGGACGCCGCGCAGGAGGCUGUCAAACUGUGUGACAACUAUGAAAUCCGGGCUGGGAAGUACCUCGGAGUGUGCAUAUCUGUGGCCAACAAUCGUCUGUUUGUGGGUUCGAUCCCAAAGAACAAGACCAGAGACAGCAUACUAGAGGACUUUGGUAAAGUCACAGAGGGCCUUCAGGAGGUGAUCCUGUACCACCAGCCGGAUGACAAGAAGAAGAACCGGGGCUUCUGCUUCCUGGAGUACGAGGACCACAAGUCUGCGGCCCAGGCCCGGCGGCGCCUGAUGAGCGGGAAGGUGAAGGUGUGGGGAAACCCCGUCACCGUAGAGUGGGCCGACCCUGUCGCAGAGCCAGACCCAGAGAUCAUGGCCAAGGUGAAGGUGCUGUUUGUGAGGAAGCUGGCCACCCCAGUCACAGAGGAGCUGCUGGAGAAGACCUUCUCCCAGUUUGGGAAGCUGGAGCGAGUCAAGAAGCUGAAGGACUACGCCUUCGUUCACUUUGAGGAGAGGGACGCGGCCGUGAAGGCGAUGGACGAGAUGAAUGGAAAGGAGCUGGGUGGGGAGGACAUAGAGAUCGUCCUGGCCAAGCCUCCGGACAAGAAAAGGAAAGAGCGGCAAGCUCAGAGACAGACCACCAGGAACACAGGGUACGACGAUUAUUACCACUACCCUCCUCCACGCAUGCCUCCUCCGGGCAGGGGGAGGGGCCGAGGGGGGCGGGGGGGCUACUCCGCCUACCCCCCAGACUACUACAGCUAUGAGGACUACUACGAUGACUACUACGGCGGCUACGACUACCACGACUACCGCGGCGGCUACGAAGACCCCUAUUAUGGCUACGACGACGUCUACACCAUGAGGGGCCGAGGCAGCCGGCCCAGCAGGGGGGCCCCUCCCCCACCCAGGGCCCGCGGGGCACCGCCUACCCGGGGUCGAGGGGGCUACGCUCAGAGGGGGCCUCCCAUCGGGGGUCCACGGGGCGGCAGAGGGGGCCGGGGGGCCCCUUUCCAGCCACAGAGGGGUCGGGGUGCCAGGGGUCCCCGGGGGAACCGUGGAGGAAAUGUGGGCGGGAAGAGGAAGGCGGAUGUGUUCAACCAGCCGGACUCCAAACGCAGACAGACCAACCAACAGAACUGGGGGUCCCAACCCAUCGCCCAGCAGCCCCUGCAACAGGGGGCCGACUAUUCCGGUAACUAUGGUUACAGUAAUGACACCCUGGAAUUUUCACAGGAUUCCUAUGGGCAGCAAUGGAAGUAAAUGCAACAGAAAGGUAUUUGGCAGAAAGUAGAAAAAAAGAGAGAAAAAAAAGAGGAGAUUGGCCGCAGUUUUUUGAUUGACUUUUUAUUCUUCAUCCCCUCAUGAAAACAAACUGACACACACCCCAAAAAAACACUGACAAAAAAAAAUGUUAAAAUGGACAGACCCCAGAAUUGGCUGAAGUUGAUUGGCUGAAGAAGUAACCGUUAUACUGAAGCAGUUCUUACUCCUUACGGUUACAUGGGACAUACGUCUUAAAACAACACAUACACACCUUUACUCCUUUUUGUUUGUGGUUCUUUUAAAGCCAACAAUGAACAUUUUAAAAAGCGGACGUUCAUUUUCAAAAGUCUGAGAGGACAUUAAAUCAUGAGAUUGCCUUGCAGGAAGUUUGUGUCCACCCUCCCCCUCCCCCACUUGUACUCCCUCUCUUUCUGGUUUCUACUAGUCGCUUAGGGACUUGCUUGUAAAUAUUUGCAUAUGGCUAGAGCUUCAUAAUCAUUUUUUGCAGUGGUGAAGAAAAUAAUCCACAGGAAGGAGAGGCGAGAAAAAAAAAAAAGUUUUGUAACGUUAAAACGUGUAUGUCUAGCAUUUCUAGAGGUAGAUUGAUUGUGUUUUUUAAAUCUGAUAUUAUUAUCUUAACUUCCUAUGUUUUCUUUGAACUUGCCCGUUAGAACAUGGUUUGGCUUACCUUAAGAGCCACCGUUUGUUCUUUGAUGUUUGUAUUUAUAACUUUUACGUUUUGUUCCGUUUCAAUAAAACUCAGUUGAGCAUCAA